AUGGGCAAGCGUCACAACAGAAAGCGGACCAGAAGCCGCCCGCGACAUCGCGACAGCGUCAACAUGCAAUCAAAAAACCAUACUCGAAGCGUCUCAGUCGAUACAACCUCUUCCACUUCAACAAUACAUUCUUCUAUUCAACCUUCGCCCUAUCCUACUGCACACUUGCCGGCGGACCACUGGCACCAAACCUAUUUCGCAUGGCAGAACCGGCUCCGGGAAGAGCAAGAGCGGAACCAGGAGGUGGAGGUGCAGCGUCUUCGGAUCUUUGGUGGUGAACCAGGUGACGAAGUAAGCCUUCUUGAGCCAAUGAUGAAAGUGGUUACGGAUCUUUUUGACGGGUUCACCGACUACGAAGAUCCGUGA